AUGGAUGAGUUCAACUUAGACCUUUUUAUUAUCAUAUCAUUCCAGAUGUUGAUAGGCGGAUCAAAUAACGCCCAUAAUCUGCAAAACAAUAGCACUACACAUUCCGCCAAUUCCGGAUACAAUUUGAGCAAUCGAGACCCUGGAUCAGCACUGAGUCAUUAUAGUGGUUUUCAUAUGUCUGACGGUUCCCCAAAUUCAAUCAACUCGAACUUGACCAACAUGACUACACCUAUCUUCAACUCUGACAACGGUACAAAAUUUGAUGAUCUGUAUAUUAUUUCAAUCUUUGAAAAGAUCAAUAACAUACUGGUUAAUAGCUCAUCAUCCUCAAAUUUGUUAAGAACAUUCUUAAAUACAUUAUCAGUGGGUUCUGAUACGGAUUAUCCUAAUCAAUUGUACAAAAGAUUCUUGGGUGUACGAAAAGAAUUGAAGGAUAACUAUAACGAAUCUCGGUUCAAUCAGUUCUUCACUGCAAAUGGUGACCUGAGAGAUUACCAAACUUUGGAGAAAAACAAGACAUGGAGUACAAUAAGAAAUUAUAUCUUAUCAAUAUAUGAUCCCAUUGCGGAUAAAUUUCUGGUGCCAAAGUCGUGGACUACUAAUAAUUCCCCAAGAAAAAUGAGUGUAAUUAAUAACUUUACAAGCAGUGGGAUGCUUUCAAAUCUAGCAUCAAAUAACAAUAGUAAUAAGGACCUAGUUAAUUAUGGUUCAUUUUUCACAAAUAACAAAUCUCUAAACGGUUAUUACACACAACCAACAAGCCCAACACCAAACGAUUUUAGCAUUAACUUUAACUUACCAAUAACUAACAAUAAUAACAGUAAUAGUAAUAACAGUAAUAAUAUUCCAUUACCUACAGGAGAUGAGUUUGAUUCUGCAAUGGUAGAUAUGUUGGAUUUCCCCAUUAAUACACCAGUGGAGGAGAAGUUUAAAAGAUCGGAAGAACCAAGAUCGCCGGUUUUUGUAGAAGAGCCUCCACAAGAUAUUGUGUGCUCAAAGUCCGCCCAAAAGGCAUUGCUUGCAUUAAGACAGCAUUAUGAUGGUGUUAUCUCUUAUAAUGAUGAAAAGAUUAGAAAACUAGAAAAAGAGCUCAAUGAACAAAGACAAGAAUCGAUAUGCCUAAGAAAGUUGUUGUUAGAGGCAAUGGGUAGUAUAAGAUCAACACUAAAUGAGAUGAGAAGUCAAUAA